AUGAUCCAGCUCAACAAGCCGACCGAGUGCGAGUCGCACGAUGCACAGACUCUGCAUGUACGGUUGGUCAAGGUUGCGGCGGCGCGCACUGGUGCAGAAUCUUAUGAAGCAUACCUGUCCCACGCCGACGCCGCAGACGUUCUUCGGCGAACCCUGCUCGGUACCCCUAUGGACUUUUGCCGCUCCCGUUCACGUUCCUGA